AUGAGCACCAACCCCCCCCCCCACCUGGCAGGCCACCCCCUCCCAGAACACCUCCAAGCAAGGGCAGCCUUCGCCGCCCCCCUACUCCACCUAGUGGACAAGCAUAAGCUCCUCAGUAAGAUGGGCCUAGAGGAUAAGUCCCCUGCCACUGACGACCUCCUACAACACAUCGCCUCCACCUUCCAUACCCAAGACCCCGGUUUGAACCCGGUUAAAGCCAUCAUCUCCCUCCUCCUAGGCCUCUCAACCCAAAUUGAGAAACUCACCACAGAGGUCCACACCCUAUCCGCGAGACACACCGCCGACGUUACCCUCCUCAACUCACGCAUCAAUAACUGCACUCCUCAGCACUCCCCAGCCUCCGCCCCCCAGGCCCGCCCUCCCCCUCAACGACAACCUACCAACCAACCUCGCCAGCCCUCACGCCCCGCCCCGGCCAUUCCUCUCCCCCAGGGUUCUGCAACCGAAGGAGCAGAGCCCUACCUCAACGACCCCAUCGAAACCAUCGACCAAAACGGCAAUAGACGCCUCCUUACCUAUGCCGAAAAACUCAAACAACACCAGAACAACUCCCGUCCCGCCGCCCCCUCCCCCGCCACUUGGAAUACAGGCCCCCGCAAACCCUCAGCUCCCCAACCAGCAACAAACCUCCCCACCGCCCAACGCCGGUUCUUCGCAACCAGAUCCAACCCCGCCCCCUUCCCGAACCACCAGCAACUCGAAGCGAGACUCCCCUCCGACCUCGGAAGGGUCCUAGCCAACGCAGGCCUCACCCACCCACACACCGCCCUACAGGUCCAGGUCAACCGCAAUGGCACAAUUACCUGCACCGCCUCCCCCUCCACCCCCGCCAAAGACAUCGCUCCCUACUUCCCCGGCCUCCUAGCAGUCCUGAACCUCGCCUGCAGCGCUACCGAUAACCCGCUCAACGACUUCCAACUCGCACCAACCAACGUCGACUACGCCAUCCACAACGUUCCCAUCUUCGCUCUCGACGUCCCAGAAUCCCUCUUCACUCCCCACCUCGCCGAAGCAGUUGCCCUCACCACCGGAGCAUCUGUCUCCAGAGCCCGAUACCUCUCCAAGCCCGAAAAUAGAAUCGGGAAGACCACCACCUCAAUCGUCAUCUCCGUCCCUGCCAACGACACUGACAAGAUCGGAGACCAAAUCCGCCUAUUCGGACGCUCCCGCCGAUGCAAUAAACUCUGGCCAGCAUCCCCCAAUACUCUCUGCCGCAAGUGUGCCCGCCUAGGACACGCCACAGAAGGAUGCCAAUCAUCCUCACCAACAUGCCCACUCUGCGCAGGCAACCAUCUCCGCAAAGACCACCGCUGCCCCAACCAAACCUGCCCCAACAACGGCCACCUCAAACCGAAGGCUAGCCAGAGUGAAGCUCUGAGUGCUCAGCGAUCCUCCACAUCCUCUGAGCAUUGGAAGUCCGCCAGCAGUGGAAGAGACUAUGCCUGGGAAGUCUACAAUAAGCGGAAGCUCUACAGCAAUGAUUAA